AACAAAAUGAGAAAAAAAUCAGCUUUGUAGGAAUAAUUACAUCAAUAAUGUCGCUGCCUCCCGGGCUAAUAUAUUUCCUUACGUUAAUCAAACUCUAACCGCAGAAAUACUCUGCAAAAACUUAUCACUUUAUUAUCUCAAGACAUUUGACCGUCAGUUAAAAUAUAAACUAUAUUCAUCCAUCAAAUACUUGUGUUACUUUCGUUGCCAAGGUCAUUAAGAUUUUCUUCUUGGUACUAACUACCUAAUCAACAUAAUUUAUAUUCAAAUACAGUGGUAAAUAUACAUAUUUCGUUCAGCUAUGGUGCCCUCGAUAAGAAUGCCAAUGAAUAUUGGCAAAAUACAUGAAAAACUAAAAUCGCUUUCUUGGAUGGUUGGAGAGUGGAAGUCCAUAACAGCCGUCGUAAACUAUCCUACAAUGAAAAGUCCUGUAAAUUACAAUGAAAAUUUAAGUUUUACUUCAUUGGGUCAACCGUUUUUAAAUUAUAGGUCCCUAACAUGGAACACAGAAAACGGUGCACCUAUGCAUUUAGAAAGCGGAUUCCUACGAAUUGAUGAAGAUGAGGUUUCAGUGUCUUUUCUUAUAGCACAAAGUUUUGGAGUCGCUACUGUAGAAGAAGGCACUGCUAAAGAUAAUGCUAUAAUUACAAAUACCUCCGCCAUCGGACAUAUGAAAUUUGUUAGGCAAAAGGUCGUGCGGCUCCAGAGGUAUUACAAAUUAAAUGAAGGGGGGCAGUUGGAAUAUACUGUUUUGAUGGAAACACCGCGUACACCUUUAACACAACAUGUAGCUGUUUUAUAUGAAAAAUGUUCUUAAUAAUUUGUGCUUAGGUAUAUGGUAUUUAUAGUUUUAUGUAUUUUUUAUAUUCUCAAGACAUAAAAUAAAUUUAGUCUUGUAAAAUUAUCUUUCUUUAAGUAUCUACAUAUAUGU